AUGAAUUUCGCCUUCCCUCCCAAAUUGACUUCUGCCCAACUCAAGAUUAUUGCAAGGCUAUGCGGUAAAAGCAGGUCUGGCACCAAGGCCGUCAUCGCAGACCGCAUCUUGGAUGACCUGAAGACCUUCAAGCCUCUCGCCCCGGGCACGCGAGUCCUCAGCAUCGACCUAGGCAUCCGAAACCUCGCCUACAGCCUCCUAGAAGUUCCAGAUCUUAAUCAUGGACGGCCCACUGAAACUGCGAAGGGGGCAAAGAAGAAGGGCAAGCUGCCGCCGUCUUCAGUCCCCAUAGCGCCAAGGCUGCUCGCCUGGGAGCGAUUGGCGCUGAUCCCGAAGGCGGACAAGGUGGUACCACCUGAAGGAAGUACCAAGAAAUCCCGGAAGAAGACCAAAACAGAUGAUGAGACCGAUGCGGACCACAAAGACGAAGAAAUUCUCCCCAACAAGAGCCGGAGGAAAGCCAAAACAGACGAGGUUGCCCCAGCCCUCCAAGGCGACGACCUCCCGGCCGAGGCCGACGCAACGACCACCCCCGUGCUCAUGGAGGACUUCUCGCCGGCGCGCCUGUCCGCCCUGGCGGUGGACCUCAUCCUGAACCGGCUGCUGCCCCUGCGGCCCGACGUCGUGACGCUGGAGCAGCAGCGGUUCCGGCAGAUGGGCGGGUCAGGCGUCUACGAGUGGACGCUGCGCGUCAACAGCCUCGAGUCGAUGCUGUACGCCGUUCUGACGCUCCUGCGCGAGACGGGCCAGUGGCACCGCGGCGGCCGCAUCGAGCCCGUCGUGGCGCGGAACGUGCUCGAGUUCAUGGUCGUGCGGGACAGGGCGGCCGGGUUCGACGUCGGGGACAUCUGGGGCCGGGGCGCCGACAACAAGAAGGUCAAGAAGGAUAUCAUCGGGAGGGCGCUGGCCUCGGCGGAGGGCCUGGCGGUUGAGGGGGCGGCGGAGGCCGUCGCUGUGGAGUACCUGGAUGAGUGGCAGGGGAAGAAAAGCUUCCAGCGCAAGGCCGAUAGGAUGAAGAAGCUGGACGAUCUGGCUGACUGCUUAUUGCAGGGCCUGGCCUUCAUACACUGGCAGAACAACAAGAGGAUACUCUUGGAGGGCGGCGUUGACGCCCUCCAGGACCAGAUGUUAGAAUGA